AUGCCACUGGCGGCUUAUGCCCGGUUACUCAAGACGGUGAAGACGGUCUGGUCUGGUCAGCUGAUUGCGAUUUCAGUGAGCCACGGUAUCGUCGACGCUCGCAGCCUCGGCGUGUUCCUGCGCGCAUGGUCAGCGGCAUACCGCGGCGACACAACCGACGAGCCGGUCUCUUUUGACGCGUCGGUGUUGCCCGCUGCGCCGGCUGGCUUCGGCGCCGCACCUGUCGUUGCGUCCGAUGGCAUCCCCGACGCGUGGCGAGCACACCAUCGGCCUUUCAAAAUGCCGCACGGGACGGCCUUUGCGCCAGCGGUGACCACGUAUCACCGCUCGCGCACCGCGCUCGCCGCUCUCGCCGCGCGCUUCGACCCCGAGGGCGGGUCGCCGCUCUCAGCCAACGAUGCCCUGUGUGGCGAGGUUGCGGAAGCAGUCGGUGCCACGAGCGUCGCGCUGAUGGUCGACUACAGGCAAGCCGUUGGGGCGGGCGACCUCUUUGGCGUCGCGAUCUCAACGCAGGACGUGGUGGCCGAGGCGCCGUCCGGAGUGCCGGCAGCGCUCCGCCGCGCCGUGCCGCUGUGGCGCGCGCGCGACUUCGUUGAUUGGAAGAUCGGGCAGGGCUCUGGUGGAUGCGCUGAGGUGUUCUUCAACUCGUGGGUGCGCGCCUUUGCGCUUCCAGAGACCAGAUUCGCGGCGCCAGUGCAGACCAUCAUGCUUGGCCGAAGCAUGUGCGCUGCGCGCAUGCGGGCAUUUGCACCGAUGGGCGUGCCGUAUGUGCUCAUGCUCCCACACAACGACGGCGUCACGGUCGUUGUGAUGGGGCCCGAAGACGUGGGAGGCCGGAUUGAGGGCGCUUCGUCUGUGGCACUGCCCUCUGAAUAG